UGCUCAGAGAACCGCAUGGAGCUUAAACUGCUGGCAUCGAAUGCCCGCUACGAAAACCCCAAACUGGCCCGUUUGCAACGCACAUUGCUGGAUGAGUUUAGUGACAAAAACUCUCGUGGUAUCCUCUUCUCAAAGACCCGCAGGGGCACCCAUUGUCUUUAUGACUGGGUGAACUCCAACUCUGAGCUGCUGAGGGUCAGCAUCAAAGCUGGCAUUCUCACUGGAGCGGGUACAGGUGCAAAUCACAUGACCCAGAAUGGACAGAAGGAAACCAUACAACAAUUUAGAGAUGGAAUCCUCAACCUCCUCAUCUCCACCAGUGUAGCUGAGGAAGGACUUGAUAUUCCAGAAUGCAACUUAGUUGUACGUUACGGGCUGUUGACCAAUGAGAUUGCUCAGCAGCAGGCCAGUGGGCGGGCUCGAGCUAUGAACAGCAUCUAUUCAGUGGUGGCUGAAGAAGGUGGGCGUGAACUACGCAGGGAACUUAUCAAUGAGUAUCUAGAAAGUCUGACUGCAAAAGCUAUUGACCAAGUGCAGCAAAUGAGUCCCAGAGAGUUUAGACACAAGAUAUCCGAGCUCCAACAAAUCGCUGUUCUGAUUCGAAUCCAGGCCGAGAGGAAAAAGGAUGAGAGGAAGCAACGCUAUAGUCCUGGUCAGGCUCAGUUUCAAUGCAGAGAAUGCUUCUUGCCUGUCUGCAGUGGAGAAGAUUUAAGAAAAAUAGAAAAUACACACCAUGUCAACAUCAACCCUGAGUUUGUGAGGCAUUAUAGAACAGGUGGGCAGGUCUCUCUGGAGAGGAACUUUGAAGAUUGGGAGCCUGGACGGGUUAUCAGCUGCAACAAAUGUGGAAAGGACUGGGGAAUGGAGAUUAGGUUCAGGAAUGUGGUAAUACUCCCCUGCUUAAAAAUAAAAAGCUUUUCCUUGAAGACUCCUGGAGGCAAAUCCACUCCCAAGCAGUGGAAGGAUGUUGAGUUCCAGGUGAAAGAGUUUGACUUUCUUGAGGACAUGAGCAGCCGUUUCCCUGACCUAGACUUAGAUGACUGACACACCAUUUAAACUCUUAAACACUUACUGUGUCAGGUUUUCUGUCUACAGUGAGUACUUGUGUACCAGUGGUUUUCUACUUGUAGGUCAUGGAGGUACUGCAAGAGGCCAUCGAUUGCUGUUAGUUACAAACUACUUAGCAUCAUUUAAAUAUGAAAUGAUCCAUCCUGAUCAUGCUGAUUAUCCAUCUUGUUGUUCAUGGAUGUUGGGGGCAGUAGAUGAUUUUGUGCUUGGUUGUGAGUGUCAAAAGACAGUUGGGAAUCUCUGUUCCAUAUAAUAUCUGUCUGUACUCAAAAUAUAGUUUUAAAUUGUUUACUUAGUAGUUUCUGUCGUGUAAGAGUUUUAUUUGCUUUUGUCUGAGAAAGGGGUGUGCGUGUGUGUGUGUGCUUUGAUGGUAUUUUUUAUUUUUAAUAAUCUCAUUGAUUAUUCUGGUGUCCAUCUCUGGGAUCAGGACUGUGCUGCUCAGAUUAUUAGUUAUUGUUGACAUUAAUGUGCAAUAUGUCUCUAAAUUUAUCUGAAGCUCUUAAUGGCCCUAAUUGAGCUCUAGUCUGCUCAGACUGUCGCUUUCAGAUUGCUUGAACAUUUACAUUUAUUCAUUUAACAGAUGCUUUUAUCCUAAGUGACUUUCAAAUGAGGAGAAACAUGAACACGUUUCAAAAAAAUCUGCGAGCCUUCAUUUACAGACUGCUUACAGGUUUGUUUAUAGCACUUAAGUAUGUUUCUCACAAAACAUAAGAAAAUAUGUAUAACGAAUGUCUUGCCAUAUGUCUGACCUUUUUACAUUACUGCAUUACCUGUAUAUCACAUCUAGAAUAUAUGAUUUUUCUGAAAUGUAUAAUA